AUGGAGGCCGGCCAGAGCGCGCAGGCGGCGGACUGCAUGGCGGGCGAGCACUCGGUCAGCGGCAUGUGCGUGCAGCCGGACCGGGAGCGGGAGCGGGACCGAGACCGGGCCGAGCUGUCCAGCCCCAGCCCGCCGGCCAAGCAGCGCUCCCUGCGGGUGGUCUACGUGCUCAACGACGGGCUGAAGGCGGUGAUGGCCAGCAGCCCGGAGUCCGGCGCGCUGCAGUGCCUCCAGCGGGCGUGCGACGCCGAGAGCGCCCUGCUCACCACCGUCACCUUCGGAAGGCUCGACUUCGGGGAGACCUCCGUGCUGGACAGCUUCUACGACGCGGACGUGGCGGUGGUGGACAUGAGCGACGUCUUCCGCCAGCCGUCCUUGUUCUACCACCUGGGCGUGAGGGAGAGCUUCGACAUGGCCAACAACGUCAUCUUGUACCACGAUACCGACCCCGACACGGCCCAGUCGCUCAAGGACAUGGUCGCUCAGAAGAACACAGCGUCCAGCGGCAACUACUACUUCAUCCCCUACAUCGUGACCCCCAACCAUGAGUACACCUGCUGCGAGAGCGACGCCCAGCGCAGGGCCAGCGAGUACAUGCAGCCAAGUUGGGACAACCUCCUGGGACCUCUGUGCGUCCCCCUGAUGGACCGCUUCACCAGCCUACUGAAGGAUAUCCACGUCACAUCCUGCGCCUCCUUUAAGGACACCUUGCUCAAUGACAUCCGGAAGGCCAGGGAGAAGUAUCAGGGCGAGGAGCUGGCCAAGGAGCUCUCCCGCAUCAAGCUCCGCAUCGACAACACCGAGGUCCUUACGCAAGACAUUGUCAUGAACUUGCUCUUCUCCUACAGGGACAUCCAGGACUACGACGCCAUGGUGAAACUGGUGCAGACCUUGGAGAUGCUGCCUACUUGUGACCUGGCAACGCAGCCCAUGAUCCAGUUCCACUAUGCCUUCGCACUGAACAGGAGGAACAGUCCUGGUGACAGGGAGCAGGCGCUACGUGUGAUGCUGCACGUCCUGCAGUCCUGCGAACACCCCGCGCCCGACAUGUUCUGCCUGUGCGGACGAAUUUACAAGGACAUCUUCCUGGACUCGGACUGCAAGGACACCAAGAACAGGGACAACGCUAUACAGUGGUAUCGGAAAGGUUUUGAGCUGCAGCCAACCCUCUACUCGGGCAUCAACCUGGCUGUUCUCCUCAUAGUUGCUGGCCAACAGUUCGAGAGCUCCAUGGAACUGAGGAAAAUUGGUGUUAGGUUGAAUAGUCUGUUGGGACGCAAAGGUUCCCUUGAGAAAAUGAACAACUACUGGGACGUGGGCCAGUUCUUCACCGUUAGCAUGUUGGCUAACGACAUUCCGAAAGCCACCCAGGCUGCUGAGAAGCUCUUUAAGCUGAAGCCGCCUCUCUGGUACCUGCGUUCUGUUGUGCAGAACCUUCAACUGAUCCAGAGGUUUAAAAAGCAGUCGGUGGAACAUUCCCCACAGCGGGACAGACUCAACUUCUGGAUGGACAUCAUUGUGGAGGCCACGCAGGGAACCACCAACCGACUCCGCUUUCCCGUGCUGAUUCUGGAGCCCACCAAAGUGUACCAGCCCUCGUAUGUGUCCAUCAACAACGAGGCAGAAGAGAAGAACGUCUCCAUCUGGCACGUGUCUCCCGCUGAAACGAAAGGCAUACACGAGUGGAACUUCACCGCCAUGUCCAUCAAAGGCAUCAGCAUCAGCAAGUUUGACGAGCGUUGCUGCUUCCUUUAUGUCCACGACAACUCUGACGACUUCCAGAUUUAUUUCUCCACCGAGGAGCAGUGCGCUCGAUUCUGCUCCAUGGUGAAGGAGAUGAUUUCGGACGGUACCGGCAACGCUGUGGAGUUGGAAGGCGAAGGAGACGGCGACACCCUCGAGUACGAGUAUGACACGGAUGAGACGGGCGACCGGGUGGUGCUGGGACGGGGCACCUACGGGGUGGUGUACGCCGGGAGGGACGUCAGCAACCAGGUCCGAAUCGCCAUCAAGGAGAUCCCGGAGAGAGACAGCAGGUACUCGCAGCCCCUUCAUGAAGAGAUCGCCCUGCACAAGUACCUCAAGCACAGGAACAUCGUCCAGUAUUUGGGCUCCGUUUCAGAGAACGGAUACAUUAAGAUCUUCAUGGAGCAAGUCCCUGGAGGGAGCUUGUCGGCAUUGCUGCGCUCGAAAUGGGGUCCUCUGAAGGAGGCCACCAUCAUCUUCUACACCCGACAGAUCCUGGAGGGGCUGCGUUACCUGCACGAGAAUCAGAUCGUUCACCGAGACAUAAAGGGUGACAACGUGCUGGUCAACACCUACAGCGGCGUUCUGAAGAUUUCAGACUUUGGUACCUCCAAGCGGCUGGCAGGAGUCAACCCCUGCACCGAGACCUUCACGGGCACUCUGCAGUACAUGGCUCCCGAAAUCAUUGACAAGGGUCCUCGGGGGUACGGAGCCCCAGCCGACAUCUGGUCUCUGGGAUGCACCAUCAUCGAAAUGGCCACCGGGAAACCUCCUUUCCACGAGCUGGGCGAGCCGCAAGCCGCCAUGUUUAAGGUGGGCAUGUUUAAGAUCCAUCCAGAGAUCCCCGAGUCUUUGUCGCUGGAGGCCAAGUCGUUCAUCCUGCGCUGCUUCGAGCCCGACCCUCACAAGCGAGCCCUGGCCUCCGACCUCUUGAGGGACAUGUUCGUGCGACACAACACCAAGGGCAAGAAGAGCAAGAUCGCAUUCAAGCCGUCAGACUACAUCCACGUUUCGCUGCCGGUGCAGCUGCAGUGCGAGGCCGCGGGGAGCAGCAGCAGUGAGCACGGCUCCAUGAGUCCCGACUGCGACUCCAAACACGAUGUCUUCUUCCAGAAAAAGAAAAGCUCCGGCUCGGAGAACAUGCUCAAGCCGCCCAACUCCAACUACCUGAGCGUUCCAGACGAAGGUUCGGUGUCGGAGGAUCGCGGCGGCGCACCCCCCUCGCCCGAGGACCGGGACGGCGGCCUCUUCCUGCUCAAGAAGGACAGCGAGAGGCGAGCCAUUUUGUUCAAGGUCCUCAACGAGGACCAGGAGAAGGUCAUCUCCAACCUGAAGGAGAACUACAUCCAGGGCAGCGAGGAGCUUCAGCUGUCUGUGGAGCACAUCAAGCAGAUCAUCUGCAUCCUGCGAGACUUCAUCCACUCCCCGGAGAGGCGCGUCAUGGCGGCCACCAUCUCCAAGCUCAAGCUGGACCUGGACUUUGACUCCACCUCCAUCAACCAGAUCCAGCUCGUGCUCUUUGGCUUCCAGGACUCGGUGAACAAGGUCCUGAGGAAUCAUCACAUCAAACCUCACUGGAUGUUCGCCAUGGACAACAUCAUCCGCAGGGCUGUGCAGGCCGCCAUCACCAUCCUCAUUCCAGAGCUGCAGACGCACUUCGGGCCGGCGUCGGAGUGCGAGGGCGCCGAGAAGGAGGACGAGGUGGACGAGGAGGAGGCCGAGUUCGGUCCCGUCUUGGCGCCGGCCGCCGCCGCCGCCGACGAGGCCGGGACGGCCGCCGACGCCGCGCUGCACUCGGCCGUCGCCGCGCUGCACCCGGCGCACGCCCACGAGCACCAACGCUCGCACCAGCACCAGAUGGGGGUGCAGUUGGGCCGCCUCAAGCAGGAGAACAGCAGGCUGCUGGAGGAACUGCUGCACAAGGAGCGAGAGUACCAGCAGGUGCUGAAGGCCACGCUACAGCAGCGCACGCAAGACCUGGACCUGGUCAGAGUCCGCCACAGACCUCCAGACUUUUCCCCUCCCUCCGUCUUCCACAUUUCGGCGGACCACGAGCCGGACAAGCAGCUCACCGAUUGGCUGAACGAGCAGGGGGCGGACCCGGACACCAUCGAUAAGUUUGCGCUUGAAGAAUAUACGUUGAUUGACAUCCUGAACGAUGUCACCAAAGACGACCUGCGAUGUCUCCACCUCAGGGGCGGCGUCCUGUGCCGGAUCUGGCGGGCCAUCCAGCGGCACCGCGAGCGCGCGAGGCUGAGAGGAGACGAGCGUUCGGAGGACGAAGCGUGACGUACGCUCGCCGCGAAAACGACCAAACUGCCACCGUGCCUUUUUCGUUUUUGUUUUUUCUUUCCUGCUCGACUUGACCAAAGCGCUUUAGUGCAGGCACUACCAAUAGCAAUAAUACUAGAAUGCAAUUUCCACAACUGAUAUAUAUUGAAACGAAACCUUUCUGCCUCUACGUCUUGCUCUUAAUUACACUGCGUCUCUGCCAGUUGAGCUCAGUGCUGCCUGGCAUGUUGUGGCCCGACAUGGUACUACACCGCAGGUGGGCAACUGUAAAUUCAAUACUUCCCUGUAUACUGAAGAAACUCGUAAAAAAAAAAA